CAGCAGCCGGAUCCGAUCUACGUGAUCGAACUUGCGAACGUCAAUGCCAUGGCCUGAGCAGAGUCAAAGGCGAUCGAACGACGAAUAGACCACAAGUUACGGGGCGAGCGAACAAUUUCGGCGCCUUAGGAAUUUAGAAAACAUCCAAACGCAUUUCGUCAAGAUAAGCUGUUGGCUGUCACGUCGUCGCACGCAGCACAAUCAGUCACAGACCACACGUCGUGUCGUCGUCUGAGAUUUGGCGAUAUAAUGAUGCGCUGCCUGGAGUGCCUGGACCAAAUGAUAAGGCACAGUAGCAAGAGAACGAUGCGGUGCGCAUGCGUGACAAUCGAACUUGGUUUCAGUGCUAUCAAAACUCAAAUUUCCAUCGUUCCUCCAAAGAGAUAGUCYGGAUAGAUAACAGAGUCAUUGAGUCAUUCCAACAGGCGGUAUUGCGAAUUGCGAUAACGUUUCGCGGUUACCAAACGAAAAACACGUCCUUCCGUGUCCGUGUGUUCCUCCGUUUUUUAAACACCAUAAAUCAUAAUAUUGUAGUUUUUGUGUAUGUACGACGUUCGACAAAUGCGUUUCCCAGAGCUUGAYCACUACAUACGAUGACAGCAGUUGCAACCGCCGCUGCCGAGACCGCUUCCGCCUCCACCAACAUUGUUACCUCCGUUGCCUCCAACGGCAAGGGACAUAUCUUGCAUGACGGACCAGCGUAUUCGUUGGCGCUCAACAAAGAGCACACUCACGUGGUGGUCGCUGGCAGAAAUGUUUUCAAGGUGUUUCUUAUCGAACAGGGAGGCUUUAAAGAAUGUGUCAACUUACGCUGUGGAAAAACAUCAAGUGUACAGAGUUCUUCGAGCAUGGAUGUAGCUUGGAACCCGGCAGAUGACAAUGUUUUGGCAACAGCAACGACUGGUGGUGCGGUAGUCACAUGGAACUUGAAUAGAUCAUCCAGGAAUAAGCAAGACCACAUUUUUUAUGACCACCGAAGAACUGUUAACAAAGUUACAUUUCACUGUGUUGAACCCAAUCUGUUGAUGUCUGGUUCUCAAGAUGGUACAAUAAAAUGUUUUGAUUUGAGACUAAAAGAAGCUCCUAAAACUUAUUCCAGUGAUUCAGAGAGUAUUAGAGAUGUUCAGUUUAGUCAUCACAACAAUUAUGUGUUUGCUGCAGCUUCAGAAAAUGGCAGUAUCCAAAUAUGGGAUACUAGAAAGGCCGAAAAGUGUCUGAAUAAGUUUUCUGCUCAUAAUGGGCCAGUAUUUUCUUGUGAUUGGCAUUCAGAACUUCAAUUUCUAGCAACUGCCAGUCGCGACAAAUCUAUUAAAGUUUGGAAUGUUACUAAUAAACCUAUUGCAGAGUACACAAUUUGCACUAUUGCCCCUGUUGGACGAGUUAAGUGGAGGCCUUAUCGUAGAUACCACUUGGCGUCUAGUGCUUUAGUUCUAGAUUCUGCCAUUAAUGUUUGGGAUGUGCGCAGGCCUUACAUUCCUUAUGCAUCAUUUGCUAAGCAUACAGAUGUAGCAACUUGUAUUGCUUGGAAAGGAGAUCCUUAUGUACUCUUAUCCACAAAUCGAGAUAGUACUUUACAUCAAAAUUUCAUAAGUGAAGCAGACUUGCCCUUAGAAAGUGCUAACCAGCAAGGUAUGGCUAUCAAUAGGGAUGGAGAUCUUGUAUUUUGUUGUCCAGUUAAUUUAAACAAAGUUGAAAUUCAAAAGUCUAAAGAAAGUUCUAGAAAAACUUCAACUACAACUAGUGGUGAAGAAGAAUUAAACACAUCAAGUGAGAUGAAUGUUUUCCGUGAUCCGAAAAUUGUCAUGUGUUUAUCUGAUGAAACAGAAUGUAUCCAAACGUGUGCUGUUCAAUAUAAACUUAUUGGAAGAUCAAUAGGAGAACUUUGUGACCACAAUGCUGGCGUUGCUUCCAGUGUGGGGAGAACAACUGUUUUUUUGUUUUGGAAUGUCCUGCGGAUACUGUAUGAUCACCGUAUGUCACUUAUGGCUCUCAAAGAGGAUAUUAUGAGUAACUCAAACAUCGAAAGUAGCUUUGAUGGGGAUAACCAGAUUGGUUCCUUCAGUGAUGAAGAUGGUCUAAGAGGAGAUAAACCAUACCAGUUAGGAGAUUUCUAUUUUGGCAAUGCAGAAAUUGAUCCUUUAGAUGCUGAACAUGACCAAUUUGAUUUCAUUGGAUUACAAAUGGAUAGCAAGACUGUAGAAGAAGAUAACGAUUGGGAAGUACCCGUAGAAUCAAUAACUUUAAGACAUGAAAUCAUUCAUGAACCAAUUAUUAACGAUCCCUACAUUCCUAACUCAGCGCCUUUAGCAAAAAAAUUAAAUAACCGCAUAACAUCUGCACCGCUAUUGCGAAUAACGUCUCCAGCUAAAUUUGACAUGUGGAAUCCAUCAGAGAUUGUUGCCAAAGCUCUUCGUCAUCAUGUUGAUGAAGGUGAUGUACAAACAGCGGUUUGUGCAUUAAUUGUUUUGAGUGAUGAAAUUAGAAAUGAACUAACCCAUCCCAAACAUCCUUGGCGUCUUUUACAUGGUGAAAUAGAAUGUUGGUGGUUGAAUUAUCUAGAAUUACUAAGAAAAUUCAAAUUGUGGUCCUGUGCUACAACGGUGAUCCAACUCUCACGCAUUCGUAGCAUAUUGCAACUCCACCGAACUUCUACUUCAAUUAAUUUGACCUGUGGAUGGUGUUAUAAAGGUUUGACACGAAGCAGUCGACGUUGUUACAACUGUCAACAUUCUGAAUGCGCUAGGUGUGCAUUAUGUCAAAGAAUUGUACGUGGAAUGUACACAUGGUGUAGAGGAUGUGCGCAUGGUGGUCACAUUGGACACAUGAAACAAUGGUUUUUGGAGAAUAAGUACUGUCCAACUGGAUGUGGACACUUGUGUGAAUAUUGACCUCAAUAAAAUCAUUAUAAGUAAUCUGAUGAUAAUACUGAAGCCUGAAGAUUGAAAAAUGUCGUCCAUGUUGACUACUUAAAUAUGAAAAUAUCCGAUUUCAAAAGCAUAUUUGAAAAGGGCAGCGGUUACCUUAUUSCGUAUAUGUUCUUUUUAUUAUGUAUCAGGAUUUUAGCAAAGUUGAAAAGGUACUAUAAACACACGCUCUAGUUUCCUGAUAUGAAUCUUUUUCAAACCAUAUGAUUUCCUACUGAAAAACAAUCAACCGUUUUAUUACUACCAUCACAAUAGCUAAUAAAAAUAUCACUAUAAUGAUAUUGAUAUAGUUAUUUAACAUUAAUACGCAUUAUCAAAGUAUAUAUUU